AGCUUAGCUGUUUCGCUCCUAUUGUAGAGUAGGGAUCACGUGACCCUCGUACUAGGCCUGCUGUCUGUUUUCAGUGGAGGGAGAGAGAGGAAGAAAAAUGGCGACUGUAGGCGACCCGGAGCGGGACGCCGGCCAUUCUGUUUGAGCUUUCUCUCGCUAACUGAGUCCGGGGCUUAUUGGGACUACUUCUCGGUUAUCUACGGAGGUUCAACUACCAGGCGGUACCCGUUUUCCCGGGUUUACGUGGGCGAGUUGCGCGCGAAAACUGAAAUUGAAAAUAAUACAUUUGUAUCUAUAUAAUGAGGGGGAGAAGAGGCAGGCCGCCUAAACAGGCGCUGAUGCAGGAGCCUUCCCCCGGGCCAGUCCGCGGUUUGAGACCCAGGCGAGGAAUACGUGGAAAGGGUAGAGGUACGGCCGAUGUCGAAAUUGCGACUCCCAGGAGGGGAAAUUACCACUCCUCGAGAGGCAGGAGGAAAGUGGGAUCAACCACGACAUCAAGGGGUAGAGGAAGAGGCAGGGUUGCAGGCAGCGGCGGAGGAAGAGGGAGACGGGCGGUAAGCAAGGUGGUCUACGAUGACCAUGAGAGCGAUGAAGACGAGGAUGCAGUGAGCCUGAGAUCGGAGGAAGACGAGUUUUUACACGAAGAGCCGAUAUCGGAUGAAGAGGAGGAGGCCGUGGACGACGAGUCCGAUUAUCUGGAGGAAAUACCCGACGAUGAUGAUGCCAGCUACUGCACUGAAAGCAGUUUUCGGAGCCAUAGUACGUACGGCAGCACUCCAGGCCCCCGGAGGUCGCGCGUGCACCGGCCCCGCUCGCCCAUCUUCGAGGAGAAGGAGGUCCCGCCGCUGGAGCUGCCCAAGACGUCGGAGGACCUGAUGAUCCCGGGCGAGCAGCUGCUGAACGUGUCGGCGGUGUACGAGGUGCUGCGCAACUUCGGCACGGUGCUGCGGCUGUCGCCCUUCCGCUUCGAGGACUUCUGCGCGGCGCUGGUGGGCCAGGAGCAGUGCACGCUGAUGGCCGAGACGCACAUCUCGCUCCUCAAGGCCAUCCUGCGCGAGGAGGACACCUCCAACACCACCUUCGGCCCGGCCGACCUCAAGGACAGCGUCAACUCCACGCUGUACUUCAUCGACGGCAUGACGUGGCCGGAGGUGGUGCGCGUGUACUGCGAGAGCGACCCCGAGUACCAGCAGGUGCUGCCCUACCAGGAGAGCGAGGAGUACCCCUUCGGCCCGCUGGAGAGCAAGAUCAAGGUGCUGCAGUUCCUGGUGGACCAGUUCCUCACCACCAACAUCGCCCGCGAGGAGCUGAUGUCGGAGGGCGUGGUGCAGUACGACGACCACUGCCGCGUGUGCCACAAGCUGGGCGACCUGCUGUGCUGCGAGACCUGCUCGGCCGUGUACCACCUGGAGUGCGUCAAGCCGCCGCUGGAGGAGGUGCCGGAGGACGAGUGGCAGUGCGAGAUCUGCGUGGCCCACAAGGUGCCCGGCGUCACCGACUCCGUCACCGAGAGCCAGAAGACCCGGCCCUACAUCCGCCAGGAGCCCGUCGGCUUCGACCGACACCGCCGGAAAUACUGGUUCCUCAACCGCAGGAUCGUGGUUGAGGAGGACGGCGAGCACGAGAACAAGAGGAUGUGGUACUACAGCACGAAGGUGCAGCUGGCGGAGCUGAUCGACUGCCUGGACCAGGAGUACUGGGAGAGCGACCUGUACGCCGUCCUGCAGGAGAUGAGGGAGGAGGUGCACACUCACAUGGACAUCACCGAAGACCUCACCAACAAGGCCCGCGGCAGCAACAAGUGCUACCUGACCGCCGCCAACGAGGAGAUCCUGGAGCGGCUGAAGGCUCGGCAGGAUGCGGAGCUGGAGGAGGUGAAGCGCCGCGUGGCCGAGGAGGCGCAGAAGACCCGGCGGGAGUCCGGCCUGGAGCUCCAGCCCGAGGCGCUGAAGACCGAGGAGGAGCAGCCGCCCGAGAAGCCCCCCGAGGAGGAGGAGCAGAAACCUGAGGAGGGAGAGGGAGAGGGAGAGGCUGCAGCAGAAGCGCCCCCUGCCGGAGAGGAAAACGCUAGCGCGGCGGGGCUGAAGCCCGAAUCGCCCGCCCCAGACAGCGGCCUCUCCCUGGCCGAGCACCCCAGCCCCGCCGGGGGGGCCCAGGCUGCCCCCUCCGCCUGCGGGGAGAGCGGCGAGGAGGGGCCGGCCGGCGGGGCGGAGAGGGACCCCGCCCCGGAGCCUGCAGAUAAGCCCGGUGAAGAGGACGGGUCCGUCCUGCCCCAGCCCCCGCAGCCUGGUGACGAGAACAGCAACAGCAGCCAGCUGUCCGCCUCUGAGGCCCCCAAGGGCCCCGAGGAGCCCGACAUCGCAGACAAGUCCUCCCAGUCCUCCAUCACCAGCCUGGACGACACAGGUGAGGGGAAGGAGAAGGCGAACGGCGAGGGGGCGGGCGGGGCCCGGGGCGGCCUGGCGUCCACGCGCAUGGUGACACGCCUGAGAAACCCCGAAAGCAAGCUGAGCCAGCUGAAGAGCCAGCAGGUGGCCGCUGCCGCCCACGAGGCCAACAAGGCCUUCAAGGAGGGCAAGGAGAUCCUCACUGUAAGCACUCAAGGGGAGGUGUCGCGUCUGAGCAUCAAGAAGGAGAUCGUGAUGAAGGGCAGCCUGGGUAACUUCUUCAAGCUGGGCCAGGAGGGCAAGUACCGGGUCUACCACAACCAGUACAGCGGCAACACGCUGGCCCUCAACAAGCACCAGCACCGCGAGGACCACGACAAGCGCCGCCACCUCUCCCACAAGUUCUGCAUGACCCCGGCCGGAGACUUCAAGUGGAACGGCUCCGUCCACGGCUCCAAGGUGCUGACCGUCUCCACGCUGCGUCUCACCAUCGUGCAGCUGGAGAACAACAUCCCCGCGCCCUUCCUGCACCCGAACUGGGCCUCUCACAGAUCCAACUGGAUCAAGGCAGUGCAAAUGUGCAGCAAGGCGCGGGAGUUCGCCCUGGCUCUGGCCAUCCUGGAGUGCGCCAUUAAGCCGGUGGCCCUCCUGCCCGUAUGGAAGGACUCCCUCGGACACACCAGGUUGCAUCGAAUGACCUCCAUCGAGAGGGAGGAGAAGGAGAAGGUGAAGAAGAGGGAGAAGAAGCUGGAGGAGGAAGAGACGAUGCAGCAGGCCACCUGGGUGAAGUACACCUUCCCCAUCAAGCACCAGGUGUGGAAGCAGAAAGGAGAGGAGUAUCGAGUGACAGGGUACGGCGGGUGGAGCUGGAUCAGCAAGACCCACGUUCACCGCUUCGUCCCGAAGCUACCGGGGAACACCAACGUCAACUACCGCAAAGAGCUGGAGGCUGCCAAAAGCGGCAAGCCGAUGACCGCGUGCGAUGUGGACAAACGGAAAAGUCUCCCGAAGGCCAGCGGGGACGGCCAGGCGAAGGACAAACCCGCCGAGGACGCCUCCAAAAGGAGGGCGGACGAGGUUAGGGGCCUCCCCGGCGCAGUGGCGGGGGAGGAGGUGGAGGAGGAGGACAACAAGGUGGAGGAGAAGAUGGCGGCGAUGAUGAAGGACCGGCCCCUGGAGAAGUCCGACGAUCAGGAGAAGAACUCGGAGGACGACGCCGAGAAGAUGGAUGUCGACGGCAGCCCGACAGACUCGGGACAGGACAAAGAAAAAGGGAAAGAGGGCGAGAGCAUCAGCCCCACACCCUUCGACGACAGCGACAUGAAGGAGGAGCCCAAAGAGGGCGAGGAGGCCAGGGGCACGGGUGAGCCCAAGAGGCCCUUCAACUACGACGUGGUGAACGUCAGCGAGGGCUUCCAGCUGCGCACGGCGUACAAGAAGAAGGUGAAGGCCUCCAAGCUGGACGGGCUGCUGGAGCGGCGGGUGAGGCAGUUCACCCUGGAGGAGAAGCAGAGGCUGGAGCGGCUCAAGCAGUCCUCCCUCCUCAAGGCCUCCGCCAAGGGCCCCGUCGCGGCCCAGCCGGGCCUCAAGCUCAAGAUCGAGGCGCGGCCCGUCGUCACGGCGACCCCUGCCGCGCCUGGCAAAGGGCCGGACGCGCCGGGCCUCCCGAAGACGGGCGGAGGCGCCGCCGUUCCCUCCGCCGCGGCGACCGCGUCCCCGAACGUCCGGCCAGAAAACCAGACGGCCUGUCAGAAAGCCGGGGCGGUGGCCCCUGCGCCAGCUCCCGCUCAGGAUGGUGACAAACAUGGCGCCGUGUCGCAAGGCUCUGGCGCGGGGCUAAAGCAGAGCGCAGCUGCGCCUGAGAGACGGGAGGUAAGCUCGGACUCGAGCUGUCGGGGGAAUGGCUCUGAGCCCGCGUCUCAGGCCCUUAGGACUGCGGACGCCGAGCCUGACGCGUCUCUGAGGGAAAAACAGACUGUUGCUGAACAGGAGGGCAGCGCCGCCGCCCCUGCCAGCCACGACGCGGCUAAGCAGGGGGAGCUUGGGAGCGCGGUGACGUCAUCGGCUUUGCCGGAGCCCGUGCCUGACGGUAAUUCCCAGCUUAAGGAAACCUCUGCGAAAAGCCAAGACCACAAGCAGGAGGAGCCGGCCAGGUCGUGUCAGUCAUCCGAGUUCCUUCAACCCCAGCCCAAGGAAAAAGUGUGUCUCCCCGACGCCCGCGCGGAAUCGACCGUGGCUGAGGAGAACGGCAAGAAGCACGCGUGCGACGAGAGGGAGCACAAGGGCAAAGACGACGCCAGCGCUGACGAGAACCGAGGCGGCGCCGCCGCGGAAACCGGAAAACCGCCGCCCGCGCCCGCGGUUCAGGUGAACGGGAAAGACGGCGCGGAAAAUAAAGCUCUCCGCGACUGUAAGGCCCCCGCCAAGGACGCGUCCAACGCGGACCUGACCAACAACCUGGAGGCGAAGGUCAACAACGUCGCCAAGGGGAACUCGGAAGGCGACUUCUCGCCGAGGGGCACGUCGGAAGUCACGCUGCUGAAGGAUCCGCUGAAGCCCCUGAUGAACGGCGACCUGGCUGCGGACGGAUCCAAGGACAAGCCCAACAACACCAGCCUCCCCUCCCCGCAGGCCGCCCCGUCUCCCGCGGUCGACGGCGGGAAGGUCGCCGCGCCGGAUGCGGACUACCUGCCCCCUGAGAAGGUGCCCCGGCUGGGGAACGACGUCAGCGAGUUGGUGGACUCCACCGUUUCCUCGCCGUUGCCCCCCGCCCAGAGCUCCGCCACCCCGGUGGAGCUCAGACGGCCGGAGCAGGUCAACAGCGCCGAGCCGGAGCCCAUGGAGGCGGAGGCUGCGCCCCCGAAGAAGAUCGUCCCGUCCCCGGUCCCGUCCGCCGAGGAAUCCAGCCUCAGCAACGACUUCACGGAGGAGAGCAGCAGCGGGGCCUGCUCGGAAGCCAGGGUGGACGCGCCGAAGGCGGCCCCGCCGCCCAAGACCAUCAUCACGCAGGUCACCACCACGACCACCACCGUGUCCACCGAGUCCAAGACGGUCCAGAUCGCCGAGGUCUCCAGCACGCACAGUAGCACGCCCGCGGUGGUCUCCACCUCGGAGAACAGCGCCGUCUCCACCCUCACCACCAUGACCAAAACCACAGUGACCAAAGUCAGCUCGCCCGUGCGCGACAGCCAGCUGUCCGUGACGGAGGAGAGCAAGACGACCGUGACCACCACUGUGACGGACGCGACCUCGGGCGCUGCCGGUACGUCCGUGACGUCCAUGACGGUCAGUAAGGAGUACACCACCAGGGACCGGGUCCGGCUGCUCAAGUUCUCCAGAACCAAGAAGACCCGCUCUGGCACGGCGCUCCCCUCCUACCGCAAGUUUGUCACCAAGAGCAGCAAGAAGAGCAUCUUUGUCCUGCCCAACGAUGACCUGAGGAAGCUGGCGAGGCGGGGCGGUAUCCGGGAGGUGCCCGUCUUCAGCUACGUGGCCAAACCGGCCUUGGAUAUCUGGCCAUACCCUUCCCCCAGGCCAACAUUCGGCAUAACGUGGAGGUACCGGCUCCAGACGGUGAAGUCCCUGGCGGGGGUGAGCCUGAUGCUGAGGCUGCUGUGGUCGUGCCUCAGGUGGGACGACAUGGCGGUGAAGCCCUCCUCCACCGGGGGCACCACCCGCACAGGUGAGCGCACAGAAACUUCAGAGACUGAAAUCACCACAACGGAGAUCAUCAAACGCAGAGAUGUUGGACCUUACGGGAUCCGAUCGGAGUACUGUAUCAGGAAGAUCAUCUGUCCCAUCGGCGUUCCCGAGACCCCCAAAGAAACGCCGACGCCCCAGAGAAAGGGCCUGCGCUCGAGCGCCCUGAGGCCCAAGAAACCAGAGGCCCCCAAGCAGACGGGACCGGUGGUGAUCGAGACGUGGGUGGCUGAGGAGGAGCUGGACCUGUGGGAGAUCAGAGCCUUUUCAGAAAGAGUUGAAAAGGAGAAGGCGCAGGCUGCAGAGCAGGCAAAGGUUAGUGAGCAGAAGAAAGCAGUGGAGUGCAAGGCCCAAAUCGAGGCUCAGCUAAAGCAGCAGAGAUUGGCUGCCCAGCAGAAACGGUUGGAGCAGCAGAAACUGGCCACCAGCACUACCACAGCAUCCACACCAUCCAGCAGCCCUGCGACUCAGGCUGCCACCCCUCAGAAGGUGAUGGUAGGCUCCCUGACCAGCCAGGUCACCCCCGGAACUAAAGUGGUACUGGCCACCAAGAUGGGCUCCCCGGCAGUGACAUUCCAGCAGAACAAGAACUUCCAACAAACGUUUGCUUCAUGGGUCAAACAGGGUCAGGCCAGUCCAGCCUCAACCAGUUCCGUUGCCACGGUGGCCUCCACGACCUCUGGGCAGACUUUCCAGAUCACCAGUAGCCCGGUGACAAUGGCUGGCAAAGUCAUCACUGCCAAGCUGCCACUCCCAGCCAACAGCAAGAUUGUCACUGUCAAUGUGCCAACCACACAAGGAGGUGUGAUGCAGGUCCAGCAGAAAGUUCUGGGUAUCAUUCCAUCCAGCACCGCAGGCAACCAGCAAACCUUCACUUCAUUCCAGCCUCGGACCACCACCAUCAACAUCCGGCCCAACACGCCGUCUUCUGUCACCGGGUCCCCCCCUCCUCAGCAGGUGAUCACCGCUGGCGCUCAGAUCCGCUCAGGGAUGACCGUUAUCCGCACCCCCCUGCAGCAAGCCGGCGCCCUGGGGAAGACCAUCCUGCGGACCCCCCUGAUGGUGCAGCCAGGUAUUCUCCCUGCCAGUCAGACGCAGCAGGUGGUGACGCAGAUCAUCCGGGGGCAGCCGGUGUCCACCGCCAUCUCCAGCGGCAGCACGGUGCAGACCAGCGCAGGGCAGAGGGUCCUGAGCACCGCCGCCCCCUCCCCCCACCCCGCCGCCGCCGCCCCGGGCCCCCAGACCCCCCAGGGGCCCCGGCCGCAGCAGGGCCAGGUCAAACUCACCCUGGCCCAGCUCACCCAGCUCACCCAGGGAGCGCAGAAGCAGCAUGGCGCAGCUAUGGAAAGACCGCAGGGAGGGAACCAGGGCCUGACGGUGGUGAUCCAGGGCCAGGGUCAGACCACGGGCCAGCUGCAGGUGAUCCCCCAGGGCGUGACGGUGAUCCCGGGCCCCGGCCAGCAGCUGAUGCAGGCGGCCAUGCCCAACGGGCAGCUCCAGCGCUUCCUCUUCACCCCCAUGCCUCCAGCCGUGUCCGCCGCCAGCGCCCAGGUCACCGCGGUCACCGCCACCAGCACCACACCUUCCGCACCAGCAGGGCCCGUUGAGCAGAGGGUUCUGCAGCCGCAGCUGCCCCCGCCGGCCCAGCCUCAGGUCCAGACUCCGGCCACGCCCCAGCUCUCCCAGGUGCCCCAGGCCUCGCUGGUGCCCCAGGUGUCGCAGGCGCAGACGGCCGUCCUCCCCGCCCAGCAGGCGGCCGCCCCGGUGCAGGCGGCGGCCCUGGCCCCCGCCACCCCGCCCGCGGCCCCCCAGGCCCACCUGCCCCCCCAGACCCAGGCGCAGAUGCCCAUCCAGUCGCCCACGCCGCUGCAGGUGAAGACGCUGGGCGCCGUGCAGACGGUGGGCCCGGCGGCGGUGAAGCCGGCCCCCGGCGCGGGCCCCGGGCCCCGGCUCCAGCUGCACGCCCACCCGCCGCAGCUCAUCACCGUGCCCCAGCUGCAGCAGCAGGUGCAGGUGCUGUCGCAGAUCCAGUCGCACGUGGCGGCGCACAUCCAGCAGGCCCAGCAGCAGGGCGGCGCCGUGCCCCAGCAGAUCAAGCUGCAGCUGCCCAUCCACAUCCAGCAGGGCGGCCAGGUGCAGGCGCACCAGAUCCAGAACGUGGUCACCAUCCAGACGGCCAGCGUGCAGGAGCAGCUGCAGCGCAUCCAGCAGAUCCGCGAGCAGCAGCAGAAGAAGAGGCAGCAGCUGGAGGCCAAGCGGGAGCAGUCGCUGCAGACCGCCAACCAGAGCGACAUCAUCCAGAAACAGGUGGUGAUGAAGCAGAACGCCGUGAUCGAGCACCUGAAGCAGAAGAAGACCCUCUCUCCCGCCGAGCGCGAGGAGAACCAGAGAAUGAUCGUCUGCAACCAGGUGAUGAAGUUCAUCCUGGACAAGAUCGACAAGGGCGAGAAGCAGGCGGCCAAGAAGCGCAAGCGGGAGGAGUCGGUGGAGCAGAAGCGCAGCAAGCAGAACGCCACCAAGCUCUCCGCCCUGCUCUUCAAGCACAAGGAGCAGCUGAAGGCCGAGAUCCUGAAGAAGCGCGCCCUGCUGGACAAAGAGCUGCAGCUGGAGGUGCAGGUGAGCCCCCCCCCUGACUCCCGACGCCCGGCUCCGAGACCCCCACCUCCCGUCUGUGGCGCAGUGGUUAAGGAGGAGCUGAAGAAGGACCUGAGCAAGCUGAGGAAGGAGAAGGAGAAAGAGAAGGAGAAGGCGCAGGCAGCUCAGGCCUCCCAGGCCGCGGCCCUCCCCACCGUCGUCUCCUCGCCCCCCUCCGCCCACAAGCGCAAGCGGGAGGACGACAGGGACCACACCCCCACCAAGCCCAAGAAGAAGAAGAUGAUCUCCACUACCUCAAAGGACACCAAGAAGGACACCAAGCUCUACUGCGUCUGCAAAACGCCCUACGACGAGUCAAAAUUCUACAUCGGCUGCGACCUUUGCACCAACUGGUACCACGGCGAGUGCGUGGGCAUCACCGAGAAGGAAGCCAAGAAGAUGGACGACUACAUCUGCAACGAGUGCAAACGGGCGCAGGAGGGCAGCACCGAGGAGCUGUACUGCAUCUGCCGGACGCCCUACGACGAGUCGCAGUUCUACAUCGGCUGCGACCGCUGCCAGAACUGGUACCACGGGCGGUGCGUGGGCAUCCUGCAGAGCGAGGCGACCCACAUCGACGAGUACGUGUGCCCGCAGUGCCAGUCCACCGAGGACGCCAUGACGGUCCUCACGCCGCUCACGGACAAGGACUACGAGGGGUUAAGGAGAAUCCUCAGGUCCUUACAGGCUCACAAAAUGGCGUGGCCUUUCUUAGAACCCGUGGAUCCCAACGAUGCCCCAGAUUACUACGGCGUAAUUAAGGAGCCUAUGGACCUAGCUACAAUGGAGGACAGGGCACAAAAGCGAUAUUACAAGAAGCUCACCGAGUUCGUGGCGGACAUGACCAAAAUCUUCGACAACUGCCGCUACUACAACCCCAGCGAUUCGCCCUUCUACCAGUGCGCUGAGGUUCUCGAAUCAUUCUUUGUACAGAAGCUCAAAGCUUUCAAAGCAAGCAGGUCUCAUAACAACAAACUACAGUCUACAGCUUCUUAGAAUACACAGCUCUUUGCUCUAAGUCAUAAACAGCAGGAAUCUGGUCUCUCUGAACAUUAACCCAUGGCAGAACCAGGCUACCUCUUCAGCUUGGGUGCCGUCCCUACCCCCCCCUCCCCCCCUCCCUCCCUCCACCCCAUGCACCACCACCACCCCCCAACCCCCCAACCCCCGCCCCCCUCCCCGGCGAAAGGAAGUCCGUGUCGUUUAAACCAGCAUAAUCUCCGAGGGGCCUCCUGCCCCCCCUGCGGGACUGUGGGCUCUGCUCAGCUCCAUGUGAAGAAGGCGGAGCCGGCAGGAGAGAGUGCAGAACCUGGCUGUGGAUGGUCUCGUCCAAACACAAAAUGGCUGUCACGAGGUGGGGGUGUUCUUGGCUCAGUCGUUUAAAGAGGGGGGAGAGAUGCUUUUCUUUUCUUUUUUUCCCCUCUUCUUUUUGUUUUUUUUUGUUUUUGUAAUAAUUUUUUGAGCAGUUAAAGGAAGUUGAGAAAAGCUCUGAAGUUGGUCGCCGCACCCCGGCAAACGGACACGGCCGCAAGUACAUUCAGAGGCCUGUAUUUAUUCUGUAGCUGAUUCAUCAUUUCAAAAUUUUGUAUCGAAAAACACAUUCGUCGAAUAUUUUUAUUUGUUGGGGUGAAAUCAGAUUUUGCCUGACCGAUGUACUUUUUUUUUCCUUUUUUUUUUCUUUUCUCCUCACCCGAGUCCUGUAGUGGAAGGUUUGAAUAACAGUCACACCCAUUGGUCUCUUCUGUGUUUGAAAGGAGCUGUUGAAAUGCAGAGUGAUUUGGAAAUCAGAAGGGCCUUCCAAGUAGUCAACGUUUCACGGCCCAGAGAGGCACUAAGAGACUGAUUUUAUAUAUAUAUAAUCUAUAUAUAUUUUACAUAUAUAUAAUUAUAUAUCUAUAAAUCGCCCUGCAGUAGUGACCGACUGAAAUUGGAAGAGCAAUGUGUAUUUGAAGCUAUCCUGUUUGUAAAACUUUUGUCAGAUUGAAUUUUGUUUUUCCUUUUUUGUUUUUCUGUUUUUUGUAUUACAGCUGAAGAAAUAUUGAUGUAUAUGAAACAUAAUAAAAGGAGAAGACUGAGAUCUCUCCCACACUGA